CUCAUGACGCCACUUCCCCGCCAGAGGAGGCGCAGCUCCGCUCCAAUGCGAAGCCCGGCCAGCCUGCGAAAGGGGACGAAGCCCUCACGCUGCUGGCCUUAACACUGCGACAGGCAGAGCGCGUUCUGGGGGCUGUCUGGACUCGUUCAGCGUGGAUUUAGCCGAGACGCUUGGGAGCCCCUCACGCCCACAAUGAUGAAGAACGGACACCACCAGGUGAGCAAGCCGGCGGAGGACGAGGAGGCAAGCCCGGUCUCUGUCGCCUGCAGCCCGGAGAAGAGGAGGCGGAUCGUCCGCGUGUGGUGUGAUGGUUGCUACGACAUGGUUCACUAUGGACACUCUAACCAGCUACGGCAGGCCAAGGCAAUGGGAGAUUACCUUAUUGUAGGAGUGCAUACAGACGAAGAGAUCUCAAAGCACAAAGGCCCCCCAGUCUUCACACAGGCUGAGCGGUACAAGAUGGUGCGGGCCAUCAAAUGGGUGGAUGAGAUAGUAGAGGGCGCCCCCUAUGUCACCACUCUGGAGACUCUGGACAAGUACAUCUGUGACUUCUGUGUACAUGGAGACGACAUCACUCUGACAGUGGAUGGCAAGGACACAUAUGAAGAGGUGAAAAAGUCAGGCAGAUACAGGGAGUGUAAGAGAACUCAGGGCGUGUCUACUACAGACCUGGUCGGCCGCAUGCUUCUAAUGACCAAAGCUCACCACAGCAACACAGGCAGUUCAGAUUAUCAGCAACAUACAGACAACUUUGGAAGGGGUCCAAAGGGCCACAGUCCUUGGACAGGGGUGUCUCAGUUUCUGCAGACGUCUCAAAAAAUCAUCCAGUUCGCCUCGGGGAAGGAGCCGCAGCCAGGAGACACCAUCAUAUAUGUAGCUGGGGCCUUUGAUCUCUUCCAUAUUGGCCAUGUGGAUUUCUUGGAGGCAGUGUACAAGCUUUCAGACAAACCCUAUGUUAUUGUGGGGCUACACUUCGAUCAGGAGGUGAAUCGGUACAAAGGGAAGAAUUAUCCAAUCAUGAAUGUCCACGAGAGAACACUGAGCGUUCUGGCCUGUCGGUAUGUCUCUGAGGUGGUGAUUGGGGCACCAUACACAGUUUCAAAGGAUUUGUUGGAUCAUUUCAAGGUGGAUCUUGUUUGUCACGGGAAGACUGAAGUGUUUCCAGACAGAGAUGGUUCAGACCCGUAUGCCGUACCCAGGAGGAAAGGCAUACUACGGAUUGUGGACAGCGGAAACAGCCUCACCACUGAUGACAUCGUGCAGCGGAUAAUCAAAAACAGGCUUCUGUUCGAGGCCAGGAACCAGAAGAAGGAGGCCAAGGAGAUGGCGGUGAUCCAGGCCAUGAAGCGGCGAGAGGAGGAGAAGUCUAAAGAGAGAGCGCAGGCUGUGCUGUAGGAAGCUCGCUCUCUGAGUGAAGACGGUCAGAACACCCCAAAAACAUGCAAGUCCUCUUCGCAGUUCAACCUUCUCCAACGUGUCCUUAUACGCUCUCCUUUAUGCUGGAGUAGAUACAAUAUCGUACGUGUGAACCACCAGCAGCUGUGACCAACUAACUUUUAGCCCAACCGGAUCCUGUGUAGCCUAGCCUGCCUUUGACGGUUUGGUGGGCAUGCUGGAAGACGUGUGCCCCUGAAGUAAAAGCCCUUGUCUUUUAUGACAUCUGUUGAGAGAAUCCUUACAAGCGUCUCCCCAUCUCGCUCCUUCGGUAGGAAAGUGGUAGUAAUAUAGAGCAGAAAUCAUUGUUAGCGCUGCACAACGAUCACUUAGCCAUGACUUAGACCUGACUGGAGUCUGAUUAAGCCGGGUUCCCCUCAUUAUUCAGGCUUAACUCAUGUUUAUAGUCAUCCAGUCGGUGUGUCUAUCAUUUCUAUUAGUCUGAGGGAGGAGGUCUGUAUGGAGGGUUCAUCUGGGCGAAGAUGCCAUCGCCUCAUGACCUUUGUCAGCGCUCGGGUUUCCAGGGAGACGUUCUUCCUCACCGACGGGCUACAGAUUCAACCUACACUCUGGAUCCUUAUCACACCACUUAGCGCAAUCUGCCCAUGUUCUGUAAAUAUGUAUUGUAUGUAACUAUCUAUUAUAAUUGACUGAUCUCUAUAUCUAUCUCUCAGAUUUAAGUUAUGAUAAUAGAAGUUUUUUUUUUCUGUAACAAAGUUAAGAAUGUUAUUCUUGAAAUACGAAGAGUGCAUUUUAGAGUUUAGUUGUGUAACAUUUGAUGAUGAAUUUUAAAUCUCUUCCAAUGGCACAAUAGGCGUCACCGCAGCGGGCAGAGGACCACGUCUCAGGAUGGCUUUAGUGUUAGUUUGCAUCUCUCUGUCAUUCUUUUGACUUAAAUGUACUUAAGACAAACAUCCUACGCCUUACCUGAGGUGUCUACACUGUGAAAAAUGUGUCCAAUGGCUAGUUAAACAAAUUAUGGCAACAAAGUGACACAUAAUAUAAUUGAAUAGAUUUCGGUUACCUAAGCUUUGCUUUAAACGUAUUUAACAAGAAAUAAAUUUAAGCAACAACAACAAAAAAAAGGACGUUCUGAAAGCAACAGUUAAAAAGUGUUGGAUUUAGUAAGAAAUCCCACAUUAUCAGUUAAUAUCACCCAAAACAUUUAGUAAAUACAAAUUAAUUUAACUUAAAAAAGAUUGAUUCAUAUUUACUAUGUAUCUGAGCAAAAUUCAUUUAUAUUUACUAACUGGUUACAACUGGAUACAGAUGUUUUGGGUUCACUAAAUGAAAUAAGUUGUAUAAACUCAUAUUUUAGCAUGUUGCUGUUUGAAUUGACACAUUUACAUUGCAGUUCUUGUGUAACUGCACCUAAAUGAAUCAUGUAAAUUUAGGGUUUUAUUGGUAUUAUAGGGCUGUAAAUCUAUUCAGUAACACCGAAUGUCAUUUCUAAUCUACCCGAUGUCGUGUGUUCUUGGUGCCAUGGUCUACGUAAGUUGGGUUAACAUUACCUUGCCUAAAAAGACCAGGUUAACAUUUCUUUAUGCAACUCAGUUUUUACACAUUUUUCAAGUGUAUGUGUACAACAGGAAUAUAAUGUAUACUGGGAAACUAUUUGUCAUUCAUGUUGAUAAAGGUUUAAUCAUAUUGCUUAAA